AUGCCGAGCCAAAUAUUGUAUUUUGUUUUGUUUGCCGGAUUUUUGGUGACUCUGUCGGCCGCGAAUACGGAAAUGUCAUGUGCUAAUGUGAAAACCAUAUUCGAGAAAAAAGGAAUGUUAUCGAUGAUCGAUUUACAAGAGCAGCCGAUUUCAGAUGCAGGAGAGCUAUGUUCAAAUAAGGGCUGCUGCGGCCCCAAUGCCCGACCUAGACUAAUACAACAGGCGCGUACGCAGCUCGAAGGAACGCUACGGACUGAACUUACCAAAUUAGCAGACAUUCUAGGGAAUAAGGCAAAGAAAUUCGAUGAAUUCUUCCGGAAACUCCUGCAGCUCUCUCGCGAGGAGUUCCAUGCGAUGUUCAAGCGAACAUACGGCAUGAUCUACGAACAACAUUCCUAUGUCUUCGUGCAGCUGUUUGAGCAAUUGGAAAGGUAUUACACACGCGGCGACACUGACUUCGACGAGAUGAUGGACAGUUUCUUUGGCAUCCUCUACCAGAAAAUGUUUACGGUUCUUAACUCGCAGUACAGUUUCGAUGAAAAAUAUCUUAAAUGUGUAAGUGAGCACAUGCGAGACAUACAGCCGUUUGAAGAUGUGCCCUCGAAGUUGUCGGUGCAGCUGCGUAGAGCUUUCGUUGCUACGCGCACCUUCCACAAGGCGUUGCGAGCUGGUGCUGAUGUCGUCAGAAAUAUGAUACAGGUUGGUGUUAGUCAAGAAUGCGUAACGUCUUGGGCUAAGUUGCGAUUCUGCGGUGGCUGCGCGGGCGACGCGACUCUCGCCUGCAGCAGAUAUUGUCACAACGUCAUCAGAGGCUGUCUCCCAGCUCAUGCUGAUUUAAGCGAGCAAUGGGAUGCAUAUGUUGAUGCUGUUGAAAAAGUGGCAGACCGCCUCCUCGGUCCAUUCAACAUUGCAAUGGUAGUAGGUCCAAUCGACAUUAAAAUCUCCGAGGCGAUAAUGAGUUUCCAAGAGCACAACCAGGAGAUAUCGCAGAAAAUAUUCUCCGGUUGCGGUAAACCGGUUCUCGGAGGACCAAGCGGCAGCACCGGACCCUUCUUCGCUCCGGACAGAAACCGGCGUUUCGCUCGCUCCAUACCUGACUUCGACUGGAACAAGUCGAACGAUGUGGACGAUUUCGUUAUAGAAACGUCGUUAGAAACAUUAGUCAAUAACGACCCGUCGCUGAUUAGCCUCCGGACACCGGAGGACAUACGCAAAGCGACGGAAGAAAUGAAGGAACAGGCCAAGUCAAGGUCGCGUUUCCUGCAGUAUAUGAGGGGAGAUAUCAAUUUGCAACAGUUGGAACAGCACGAGAGGGAGAGAGAAAAGAGAGAUGCGGACCCCACUGGAGAUAUCGAUUUCAGAGCGUUUGAAUUCGACGGCAAACGGGGUUCCAAGAAGAAGAAGCCCGUCGCCACUAAAGUCGAAGAGAAUCAUGGUGCAGAGGGCGGUCCGGCUCUGGAGCGUUUAGUGAGAGAAACACGCGCUCGCGUACGCAGUUCGCGGAGAUAUUGGGCCCAUCUACCCGCCUUGCUUUGCGCGUCCACUAGCAUCACGUCCGCGCCCUGCUUCAAUGGAUCACAUGUAGCUACAUACACAGCAAUUGCUGCUGGGGACGGCAGUGCAGCGCUCGCAUCGAAUCCCGAGGUGCGUGGCGCACCACCCGCGCCGUCUGGCGUCGCACGCGCACAACUCGAUUCACUCAAAGCGCUCACUGCUAGACUCAAAGACGCUUACAACGGCGUCGAGGUGCAGUGGAAAGAUUCAGCUGAGGACUUGCAAGCAGCGGCUGCGAGCGAUGACUUAGUGGAAAGUGCCGGAUCGGGUUCUGGCUCCGGAGAUCACAUAGAUGACACGGAAGACUUGCCUGAUGAUGAUGAGGACAGAAAUCCGGAUAGCGACUAUCCAGAAGGUUCUGGCGACCACAGACCAGACACCGAAACGACGGAACCGGAACCAGAAGAGCCCAAUCGUCCUCCCAUACCAGAGGUGCCAUUUGUGCCAGAGAUCGUCGGUAGCCCGGGCACGAACAACGUCCAACCGCGGGUAUACACCGACCCCGAAAGCGGCGUAGUGCCCCAAGUGGAAAACGAACCUGUGGACCCCGCAAGAGAAGAGCCAGUCGCGGACUCCGCCGACAGACCGUCACUCCAAAAAGCACUAUUCACAUACGCUCUACCAGUCGUUUGCGCAUGGUUCGGUACCAUAGUCACCGAUUUGUUUUAA